AUGACGGAUGCCAGCAAAAUUAUGAAUGGUGUUGGCAAUCCCCGGCGGGGAGCUCCGGAGCCCCCCCUCAGCCUCAGCCCCAGGCAUGGCGCCCGCCCCGGGGGCCGGGCAGGGCCGGGCCGGGCUCGGCGGCGGCUCAGCCCCGCGGUGGGGACGGCGUUAGCCCGGCCCUGCCCGUCCCAGCCCGGCCCGCCCCGCCGGCCCCCCGCAGCACAUGACCCGCCAUGGAGGCGCGCUGGCGCUGCCCAGAAGUUUGGAGGCAGGGGAGCGGGCAGCGGCUGCCGGCGAGGGGGCGGCGGGACCCGGCGCCCAGCCGCGGGCGGUGCAGCGGGGCGGCGGGCGGGCAGGAGAGAGUGGGCUGCUGCUGGCAGCUCCAGGAUGAAGUCGCCUCCCUGCUGCAUGUCUCUUUCUUCCCAAGCGUCCCUGGAGGAACAAGGGAACAGCACGUCCCUGGGCUCCCUGGACUCCAGCGUGUUCUCCAGUGAGGAAGAGCAGGGGCCCCUGCUGCAGAAGGCCAUCCCCUCCUUGGACUGCUUUACGAUCAAUGUAGGAGGCAGCCGCUUUGUCAUGUCCCAGCAAACUUUGUCGUGCUACCCUGACACCCGUCUCGGCAAGCUGGCCGUAGUGGUCUCUGCCGCCCGGGAUGUGGCCUCUGGCCUCCUGGAGCUUUGCGAUGAUGCCAACCUGGUGGAGAACGAGUAUUUCUUUGACCGCAGCUCGCAGGCGUUUCACUACAUCCUGAAUUACUACCAGACGGGGAGGCUGCAUGUGAUGGAGCAGCUCUGCGCGCUCUCCUUCCUGCAGGAGAUCCAGUACUGGGGCUUGGAUGAGCUCAGCAUCGAUUCCUGCUGCAGAGACCGGUACUUCAGGAGGAAGGAGCUGAGUGAAGCCCUAGACAUCAAGAAAGAUGCGGAAGAACUGGAUGCCCAAGAUGAGGAAGAGGACUUUUCUGGUAGCCUCUGUCCUAAUGUCAGACAAAAACUUUGGGAAGUUUUGGAAAAGCCUGGUUCCUCCGCAGCAGCCAGGACUUUCGGCACUCUAUCCAUGGCUUUUGUUGUUGUGUCCAUUGCCAACAUGGCUUUGAUUUCGGUAGAGUUAAGCUGGCUGGCACCGCCGCUACUGGAUGCCCUAGAGUACUUGUGUAUUGCAUGGUUCACUGUGGAGUUUGUUCUGAGGUUCCUGUGUGCACGGGAUCGGUGUCGCUUCCUAAGGAGCGUGGCAAACAUCAUCGACCUCCUUGCUAUUUUACCUUUCUACAUCACCCUGCUGGUAGAGAGCCUGUGUGGUGGGGAGAGCUCCCAAGAACUGGAAAACGUGGGGCGCAUUGUCCAAGUGCUGAGACUGCUCAGAGCCCUGCGGAUGCUGAAGCUGGGAAGACAUUCAACAGGCUUGCGGUCCCUUGGAAUGACUAUUGCACAGUGCUACGAGGAGGUUGGCCUCCUGCUGCUCUUCCUGUCCGUAGGGAUCUCUAUAUUUUCCACUGUGGAGUACUUUGUUGAGCAAGGUGUGCCAGGCACAACUUUCACAAGCGUGCCUGGUGCUUGGUGGUGGGCGACAACUUCCAUGACAACUGUUGGUUAUGGUGACAUUAGGCCAGACACCACUAUUGGUAAGGUAGUGGCCUUUAUGUGUAUCCUGUCAGGAAUACUAGUUUUGGCUUUGCCAAUAGCUAUCAUAAACGACCGGUUUUCUGCCUGUUACUUUACACUGAAGAUAAAAGAAGCUGCUCUCCGGCAGCGUGAAGCUUUAAAGAGACUCACGAAGAACUCAUCCAGUGACUCAAAUAUCAAUGUGAAUUUGCGAGACAUAUAUGCACGCAGUGUCAUGGAUAUGUUACGGUUAAAAAGCAGAGAGAGAGCAAGCACACGGAGCAGUGGAGGAGAUGAUUUCUGGUUUUGACUUUUAAGUUAUUUAGCCUUGUAUAGCAAACAGACUGCUUCAAAAAUGUAGUGUUAAGAAUCUCUUUUUUAUUAUUCACCACAUAGUGUAUUUCCUUUUCCAUAUGGAGUUUGACUUAUUGGACAGACUGAUACAGCCAGUGUAUACAAAGGAAGAAUUCAAAAUAUGAAAACUCUUAGGGGGCUCAGAAACCUGAUCCCAGAACUGGAUGUUGGUGGGUAAGAGGGGAGAUAAUGGGUCCAUCAAAGUAAAGCAGUGACACAAACACAUCUAUGAAUCCAAUGUCCUUGCUAAUGUAUAAUAAUAAAGUCUUAGCCAAAAUUGCCGUGGUGUUUUGAAGUUUAAAGACGUAUAAGAUUUGUAUUUACAGUAGAAAAACAAAAGUUAGAGAAUAAGCAAAUCUGAAAAGAGAAGUCUAAGGAAGUAGAAUGUUGAAUAAAUUUAUGAUGACAUUCCCAUCACAUUUUCUACUUCAUUUGCAUGAAAAUGAGGAUACAAGACCCUGGAGGGGGGGGCGGGGGGGAUUUUUUUUCAUUUCAGGAGAAGCAAAUGGCUACCAAAUUCAUGGUGGGUAUCAAAAUAUAGGUGAAAGUGUUAAGUUACAGGAGCUAAUAUGGCCUUUGUAGCAUGCCUUCUCCUUGUGUUUUGAUUCUCAUAACUUACUUGUGCAGCUAAGCAGAUUUUGUGCUCAAGUGAAGUCACCAGUGGAUACCAGACAAAAUAGAAAUGGUAAAAGAUAACACAUUACUCAUUUCUCUGUCUCCUGUUAAAACCAGUAAGUAUACCAGUAAGCUGACCACAUUUAAAAUAAAUGAAUAAUCUUCCAGUAGAUUAAAUCAAAAAUCACAAACCUCUAUCAUUUCAUUUUCAGCAAUGUAAGCACAAGCAUUAUUUAUAUUUGACAUUAAUUCAACAUACUUCCUAAGAUGAGACAUAUAUUAGCUGUGGAUUAUUUAAUUUGAUCAUGAAUUUAUGUAUUUAGAAGGCUUAGACUACCUUUGAGUAUAUAUGAAUUGGUAAAAUGCUUUUAAUAAAUAUUGCAUAACACUUGUUUUGAA